CUUUUCUAGAACUAGCGGGAGAUUAUUGGCAGUUGCUUCGACAUCUACCAAGCAUAACGAGUCAACUCGUUCUGCGCGCAGGAGCCCUAAUGAAUCAACCUAACUUACGAAGUUAACCUCCAUGCGACCAUUUCUCUAAUCAUCUCUUAUAUCAUCCUAAACGAUUAUCUAACCAUUAGUAUUCCACUGCAUCAUUGAGGAAACAUGGUAGACGUGUACCUGUACGACUCGACUGUCUGCCGAUUAUGCGCGGCGGAUGACGGUAACGAGCCUCUGUUCGCUAACAAUACGGGCGAAUCGGAUUUGUGCUUAUUGGUGAAUCGUUAUCUACCACUGAAGGUUCGAGAUGAUGGUAAGUUGCCACAAACAAUUUGUCCAGGCUGUAACAUUCAGCUGGAGGCAACGGCACAAUUCUUUGAUCUAUUGGUUACUGGUCAACGCAAAUUACGUGAACUUUGGAAACAUCAAGUUGAAGAGCAGCGAAAAGCAGAACGCUUGCGGAAUAGAAAGGAGAAUACAGAACUUGAGACAGAAGGAACAGAGAUGGAUUGCAUGGCUCAAUACAAUGAGGACGAGCAGUAUGAGCAGCAAAUCGUUAUUAAGAUAAUGCCAGAUGGAUCUCUAUAUGCGGCAGAGCAUGAAAUGAGUUUGCAAAUGGAAGGCUUAACUAAGCCGAAGAGAAAACGUGGACGUCCACCUAAAGUACAUACAGAAGCAGAAUCUUCGGCAACGAAAGAAAACCCUGCAGAAGUGGUAAGCCAAGGUGAAGAAGAUAAACAGGAAGAAGAAGUGGAAGAAAUGGAUGGUGAUGGUAGACGUAGGAGAAAACGCAAAGUUCCUAAAAGGUUUAUGGAAGCUGUACAAGGAAAGGAAUUGGAAAGAAUAUUCAAGGAGGAAGGUGUGAUUGAUGAGGAAGACGAUGAUGACUCUGAGUUGUUUGAUGAUUCAGAGGAACCGUUAAAUGUUUCUGUGCAAGAUGGUCAGGAAGAAGUAAUAGGUCACCUCGAAACAGAAGAGGGCAAGGACUUGGGCGAACUGGUAGUUGUGAAUCGUGGACGAGCACGAGCAAAAUCGAAAUUCCGCCGUCGGAAAACUAGAUUUACAUGCCAACUGUGCGGCAGAGGUUUUCUACAACGCAGCAGAUAUAUAAUACACAAGAGUUUUCACAAAAACAUCAAGUACGAGUGCGCACAAUGCAAGAAGUUCUUUGAUAGUAAGGAAAAUUUAGAAUUACAUCAGAAAACUACUGAGCAUAGUUUAAAUGUUGCUGAAGAAAAUACUGAAGGACAAAAGUCACUUGAGAGAGUACAAACAACAAGCAGCACAGAACAGGAUUCCUUCGCGACGACAACUGAGACUACAAAAGACAAUAGUGACACACCUCACACUUGCAAAAAGUGCGAUAAGCAAUUUGAAUCAAAACAAGAAUAUGAAUUGCACGAAAGAAUGGCUCAUGAUCAACAGAAGUUUUCCUGCUCCGUUUGCAAUAAUAGUUUUACAAACCAGUCGAAUUUGAAGAUGCACAUGACAAUGCACAAGAAAGUUUCAAAAUCAGAAAAGGAAUAUCCUUGCGAUAUCUGCGGCAAGGUCCUAAAUCAUCCCAGUUCCGUCGUGUAUCACAAAGAAGCGGAGCACAACAAUGGGCGUCGUUUCGUCUGCAACAAGUGUAACAAAAGCUUCAAACACAAACAACUGCUCCAACGUCAUCAGUUAGUGCAUUCCGAUGAUCGACCGUACAUUUGUAAAUCUUGCAAUGCCAGUUUCAAGACGAAAGCGAAUCUGAUUAAUCAUCAGUCCACUCAUACGGGCGAAAAGAAGUACUUCUGCGAGAUUUGCAAACAGCAAUUUGCACACAAGACUAGUCUCACGUUGCAUCACAGGUGGCACACUGGCCAUAAACCGUACAGCUGCAAAGUGUGUCAGAAAAGCUUCUCGCAGAACGGCAAUCUGCAGGAACACAUGCGCAUCCACACUGGUGAAAAACCGUAUUCCUGCGACUUUUGCGGCCGGAAGUUUACCACAUCGUCCCAGUUCAAGUUGCAUGUGAAACGGCACACCGGCGAGCGACCGUGGAAAUGCGAAUAUUGCGCGAAAUGCUUCUUGCACAAGGACACGUGGAAGUGCCAUGUACGACGACACAAAGGGGAACGUCCGUUUCAAUGCACCCAGUGUAAUCGCGGGUUUACGGAGCAAUGGGCGCUGAAGAAACAUCUUCGUUUGCAUACUGGCGAAAAGCCUUAUUCUUGCGAACUGUGUGGUAAAGCUUUCGCUGACUGCUCAAAUCUGACAAAGCACAAAAAGGUGCACAGGGAGAAUAAAGUAUUAACUAUAGACGAGUCGGAGGAAUCUCCAAUUGGAGAGGUGUGGCAAAUCUUGCCGAAUUCGCAGGAAACUGACGAGCAGACGUUCAAUCAUCAAAUGACGCAGGUGAUCGCCACCGAUGAGGCAUCCACUGAUGGGAUUCAACAGAUUAUCUACGUGUCCUAUCAGGAUCCAAAUGAUCCUAAUCAACGAACGUUGCACUUUGUUGAUCCUGGCAUAAUGAAAAACAAAGUCGAAGUAACACCGGACGUGAAUUCCCUGCCACGUUUAGACGAAGAAAUAAUCAACGAAAAAAUUAUGAAUAACGCAAACGCCAAUGAAGAGCAUUCCAAAGUGGAAUUAUCGGAAUCAGAUUUACAUUUGCAGAUCACUGAUGAAGAUGGAAAUCCGAUUCCUCUGUCCAUCCAAGAGGCUCGACAGCUUCUCUCUCAGGGACAUUUUAUCAGCCAACUAAGUAACGGCCAGAUUAUUAGAGUUCAUCCUGGGAUGUUUGCGCAACAACUACAGGCUUUAAAUAUCCACCUGGAUGAAGAGCAUGUAGCCGAGGAAAAUGAAGUUAUCGCACAUCAAAAUACAACGAAGAACGUCGGAACAAUUUCAACAAUUCAAACCGACGCGGAAGCAAUCGUCCAGGCGCUCGAGGACGAGGAUACCGACGCAACUGCAGUCGCGACAAUCAAUCAGUUGGAGGGUGUCGAGCAAGCUGAACUCGCGGAUGGUGAACAGGCGAUAGAAUUCAUGACUCAGAAUGGACAAAAGGUUCGCGUCCUAACGUCGUAUCCAGUUGACCCAAUGCAAUUCGGGUCUGAGUACCUGACUAUUGUAUAAUAAAAGAAAAAUUAGAAACAUGUACAUUGAAACAUGUUCUUUCUCGCUAACAGCAACAGUAGAAUUGUGCAAAAAAGAUUAUUUGAAAUUUUAAAAGAAUUUGUAGUAAAUUUGUAUGCAUUUCAAUAUAAUCUUGCUAUUAGUAAUAUUAUUUCUAUACUUAAUGUAUGGUUUAAGAAUUUUUAUCAUUUUGAUAUUGAAGAAGAAAAAUUCAAACACAGUUGUACAUACAUUUUAACAUAUUUUAUAUGACAUACAUUUGCGGUUUGAAAAUGUUCUUUUAUACUUAGCUACAUUUGUAACAAUGAUUACUGUUGUAUAUAUCAUUGUAUAUGCUAAACAUGAAAAGAAAAAAAUUAAAGAUGAACUCGAUACUUGUUA